GGAGCCGGUGACGGAGCCAGCGGUGCCGGGUGCCCGCCGGGAGCCCGGGAGGGAGUCGGCGGCGCUGGGUACCUGCCGCGCCAUGGAGCCGCCGCUGCUGGCGCUGUCCCUCGUGCUGCUCUGCUCCGCAGGUCUAACAAGAAGCCUAACUAUAACUUCAGUUGACCAAUCAGUGUUUGAAAAAGCACAAGGAGAGAAAGUUACGUUGCCAUGUACUUUUGAACUCUUGGAAGAAGAUGAAGGCCCACUAGAUAUUGAGUGGGUGUUCAUACCAGCAGAUAAUCCAGAGAAGGAGCAAGUGAUAAUUAUGUAUGCUGUAAACAGGAUUUAUAAUCGCUAUAAUGCUGCUGAGAUGGGGCGGGUGCAAUUUACUAAUCCUUAUCCCAGAUCUGGCGAUGGUUCAUUGGAUAUCAUGAAUUUAAAGGCAGCAGACACUGGCACGUACCACUGCAAAGUAAAGAAGGUUCCUGGAGUUCAAAGCAAAAAAAUACAGUUGACUGUACUUGUAAAGCCAGCAGGAACUAAAUGUUCCAUUGAAGGAUCACAGGAGACUGGAAAAGACAUUACCUUGAAAUGUGCAUCACGAGAAGGAUCCCCACUUUUGUCUUACGACUGGAGGAGAGUAUCUGGCACACAGGAACUUCCUGCCACUUCCAUGCUGAGUACUUUCUGUAGUAUUGAAUAUGGAAUUAAACUUAAGGAAAUGGUAAACAUCUACCUUCUGUUAUAUUCAGAACUUCUUCUGAAGAAUGUCACUCAAGAAGACUCUGGUGUGUACAACUGCGUUGCCUCGAACAGAGUUGGCAUGGAUGAAUGUUCUAUUGAGCUGAAUGUCACCCCUCAAAGUGUUUGCUGGGUAAUGGUCAUGUAGUGUUCUGCAUAUGAAAACUGAAUAUCCUUUUUCUCUAAACUCAAAUCCAAAGCCUUGUAACUGGUGGGUACCAAACCAAGGCUUAUUAUUGUUUUAAAUAAACGCAUGUGAUUGAGCCUC